AUGUCUUUAGUCUUCUCGGCCAACGUCAUUUCUUUCUGCCGGAGCUCAUCGAUAAGCAAUUUGUUUCUUCUCUUCUUAUUCUUCGUUUUUCCGUCCCUUUUUCUUUCAUCUCUUUCUUUUCUUCUUUUUUUUUUUAAUUAUUCUACCUUCUUUUACCUUUUCUUUUCACUCUUUCUUUGUUCAUCUUUUUCUUGUCCUUACUUUUUUCUCUUUAUUCUUUUUUGCUAUUCUCACUUUUCUUUGUUCACUUUUAUCUUUUUCUUUUCUCCUCCUAUUUUCUCUUCGACUUCUCCUUUACCUCUCGUAUUUAUUUUUUCUUUUUACCUGUUCUUUCUUUCUUUCUUUCUUUCUACUUAUCCUAUUUCUUUAUUCCCUUCUUAUUUUAUUUUCUCCUCCCUACUUUCUUUUAUCCUUUCUUUCUCUCCUUCUUUCUAUCUCACUUUCAUCUACACUUUUUUUCUCUUUUUCUCUUACUCUUCAUUAUUUCUCUUCUUUUCCUAUUUGACAUACUUCUUGUCUCUCUUUUCCCUCGUUGUUAUUUUCUUUUCUUUUUUUAAUUUUCUACUAUUCUUCUCUUUCUUUCUUUCUUUCUUUCUCGCCCACUGUCUCUUCUCCUCUUUUUCUUCCUUUCGCUUUACUUUUCGUUGCCGGUCUUUUCAACUAACCUACUAG